GUCAAGUCCUCUAUGGUUCUCUUCAUCUUCAUCUCUCUCUUCACACACGCAUCGUGCAAUGCCAUCAUGCCGAACUGCUCUCGCCCGGAUGGCCCCGCCUUACUGGAGGCUCUCAAGCCCGUCUUUGACCUCCGCUCCAUACGACCUGUCACAAACACUUCAACCACCACGACUGUCAUGAUCGGCUUCAUCCUGCUCGGCGUUCUUGGGGUGGAUGAAAAGGCUCAGAUCCUGACAACAUUUAUCAUGCAAGCAUUGAGCUGGAAAAAUGAGUUCAUAAAAUGGGACCCAAACCAGUGCGGCGCCGAUCAGAUUACAGUUCCCAGAAAACUGCUGUGGGUCCCCGAUGUGGUUAUUAAUGAGUUUAUGGAGAAGAAUGUGGCCCAAUUUACACCGUACACGUACGUGGACGCCAACGGCACUGUGUACGAUACUCGGCCUGUCAGAGUGGUGAGCUCCUGCAGGCUCGACAUCUACACCUUUCCAUUUGACAUUCAGAACUGCACUUUGACCUUUAACGCCUACAUCUACGUUUCACCUGCAAUAAAGAUUGGUAGCAUAGCGUCGGUGGAGACAUUAAUGGAAUAUUCCGAAAAAAUGAUGGCAACUAUGGGAGAAUGGGAGCUCAUUGGAAUCAAGGCAUUACAUCGGCAGAAAACAAGUUCAACUAACAGCACUUAUGAAGAGCUUCGUUUCUUUAUUUCACUGCGGCGCAGAUCCCUGUUGUAUGUGGUCAACCUCCUGAUCCCUUCUUGCUUUCUCAUAACGGUGGACCUCUUCAGUUUCCUGCUGCCUCCUCAGAAGGUGGAUCGCUCCUUGUUCAAGAUGACGCUCAUCUUGGGCUACACUGUUUACCUGCUUCUCAUGAACGACUUCCUGCCCAUCACCGGAAACACCCUGCCGCUCAUAAAUGUGUUCCUGUCCCUUUGCCUGGGUCUGAUGGUAGCGAGUCUCCUGGAGACCAUUCUCAUCACCAACCUGUUGCACAGUUCCGCUCACUACCCAGAGGUUCCUCGCUGGAUCCGACUGCUAGUCAUCCAUAUGAUGGGCCGCCUGGUUCUGAUUCCUCCAAAGCCCAAACAAGUGCAACAGAUCAUCCAAAAUUCUCUCGCAUUAGAAAUGGACACUCAGAGAGGAGGUGACGGAGGGGCCCACGGACCAGAAGGGCCACUGGACAGGGACAAGGUGGUGGACGAGCUUCGGAGCCUGGGAAGAGAUCUUAGAGUCAUCCGUCUGAAAGUGGAACAGGAGCUGAACGUUAGCCAGAGCACAGAGGAGUGGAUCCAAGUGGCUUUCAUCAUAGACCGCCUGCUGUUCGCCAUCUAUAUCCUUUUCUUAUCUGCUAGCUUCAUCCUCAUCAUCGUCAUGUCGGUCAACUCAUACAACGCCUCGAUUUAGCAUUAGUCAUUGUACUUUAAAUAUGGAUUCAAGUUCAGAUGUUUUAGUUGGCGUUGCUUGACAUUUAUUCUACUUUCUAGCAGAAUCUUUUACAGAUUACUAAUGAGAACAGAGGGGUGGAACAUCAUCCUCAAAAUAGUUUUUUUUGUAUUAUCUAUUUUUUUUUUCCAACUGUUUGUUCAUCAACACAAAAUUA